UAUGUUGUUCCUUUCUAUGAAUGAAUCGGUAGAUUACAUACAAAGUUUAGCGAACUAUCAAAGUUGAUUUUCCUUGAAACAAAAAGUGUAAACAGUUGCUAGCCGGCUUUGGCAUGUUCUGAGUCAUCAUGUUAUGUGUGGUGACUUCAUAUCACAGGAUUGCACCAUUCUACGAAAUUGUUGUGGUGCUGCGCUGAAGCUGCUGUCCACAUUCAGGGCUUAGUGCGGUGCGGCAAUCGUUGGGGAACAGGUUACGACGGGCGUCUGACGAGCACUCCUUAUCACAAUGCCGCCGUUGACGCUAGACGGAGACACUCUCGGGGAAAAGCACAAACACUUCAACAAACUUGUGCAAGAAGCUAUUGCUAAUAAACAAUAUGAACUACGUAACAUUAGUGAUGAAGAUAGCGACAUAGACAACCUUCUAAAAAUAAACAUAGCCGCCAAAACCAGAAAUGUCGACUACAUCAUCCAAGUUAUAAAAUCCAACGACAUGCUGUACGCAGCCACAGCUAUUAAGAAGUCCAAGUGGCUGGUGACAGAGGCGCAGUACGCGCACAUUAUCAACCCAGAGUACCUGCACACGCAACUGUUACCUAGCAUGAACACCAAGACGUUUAACAAGCUCAUGCUGCACAUUAGACUACAUCUGAAGGACGAGAAGCGAGUCGAAACGUUUUAUGAAUACCUUAAGGAUACCGACGGAGCUUGCAAAUGGCUGCAAAACUGUUCCAUACCUUUCAUAGAAAAUGCUAUAAAAAACCAUCGAGUCAUACCAGCGGAUCUUUUUAAACGUUUGUGCAAAAGAUCUGUGCAUUUAAUAAGAUAUUAUACGAGAAUGGAAGCCAGUACAUAUGUCGUGAAACAAGAAUUACUAUUUUUGUUAAAAACUCAUACUGCAGACAUUUUAAAUAUGGUGGAAGAUAAAGAAAUUGACUCCUAUCCUUCUUUGGGGAAAAAGAAAACAGAGAUUGUUAUGAAAACAUGUCCAGAGAGAAUACUGGCCAAGUUUGACAGAUAUAUUAACGCAGUCGACUUAUCAGUAGCAACAAAAUAUUUCAAUAAAAAAGAUAUUCAGUCGUUACUUCGUCAGUAUGUUCAAUACGCCAUAAUUGAUAAAAGAACUUUUAAACCUUUCAUCGACAUAAUACCAGAAGAAGAGAGAUUUGAAUUCGUAAACAAAACUUUUAUUGACAAGACUGAAAUGUCGCUUAUAUUUACAAAUUCAGACAUGACUGUGAUUGAAUAUUUUGUAAAACCGUAUGAGUGGUAUGAGUACGCACCAUUCCACGUUGCUUUACCAGAAUUAGAAAAGUUGAUACGUAAAGAGCCCGCGCCGCCUGAAAGAUGUGCUAUGCUCUCAGUUCUCAUCCGAUGUGCAAGACAAAACCCUCAGCAUAUUAAAACGCUUAUCAGUUACUACGCUGAAAAACACAUCAAUGAACCAUUUAUUUUCAAACUCAAAUUCGUGAAUAAUUUGCUUUCAGAAGUACCUACUCACGAAUUUGACGUUGAAACCUGGAACGUCUUGGAUAAAUUGUUCCACAGCAUGGAUAUAUACACAGAAACAGAUAACCAGCUUCACGAUGUACAAAUGUCUCUCCAGGCAAUUGUAACAUAUAGGCUUCUACACGAUGAACCGAUACCAGAAAUAAUUAAACAAAAAAUAAAACUUGGCUGGUUGAAACAGAAACAUUUGAAUCAAGAACAAGAAAAUAAAAUGUUUUCUUAUUUACUAGACUUAGCGAUGGAGAAAAUACAGGUCGAAAACAUUGAAAACGAAUCCGAAUUACAUAAUAAUGUCGUUCAGUUAACAAAUGCGUUGAACUUGCUAAAAGAUUGGAAAAAAGAUAUUAAUACCUAUCCAAUCAUUCUAGAGAAAAUACAUGAGCUAGUUAGUAUAAAAGAGAAGAAUUCAUGGCUUCAUUUCAAUUUAUCCAGUUUGUAUUUAACGAAUAAAUCGUGGCGUAAGUCAAUGUUCCAGGAUUCAUUGGCUCUAUGUGUGAGUGAAGACACGUGCCUGAAUGCUCUGAAGCACGAUCCUCAGUUACUCGAGCGUCACGACAAGGAGAUAGACACGUUGCGAAGUAACGAUGCCGUCUCGCUGCGGCGUCUGCUCGCCAAGCUGCGCGUCUACUGGCCGCACUCACUCGCUCAGCAGUGGAUCGACGCGUACUUGCUAAAUCUGAACAACACCACCGGACACAAAGCCGCCUUCAAAGGUCUCUUCUCGCUUCUUCCACAAAAAGAAGUAGUUGAAUUCGCAAAAAAGCAUGUUCCACACGAUUUUAAAAUCAAUUGGGGAAAGACUGAUCCUACUGAAAUCAGAAUCCAGAAGAAUAUUGCGAACUACUUAUAUUACACCAGACCACUGAUUCCUUUAGACACAGUGUUGUGUUAUGCUAAAGGAGACUACUUACAAUAUGCUGUACCAUCACUUAAUUCUAUUUCACAUAGUAUGAGUGCAAUGGAAAGUAGUGAAUAUGUGUCUAAAUUAUUGGAUGCACCGGUCUCUUUACAAAAACAUGGAAUAAAGCUUGCAUUUUUAAAACUAAAAACUGACGAUCUUAAAUCACUGUUUUCGAACAUUUGGGAUCGUACAAAGAACAGUUCAAUACAAGCCGUUCUCUUUAAAACCACCUUUGAUAAGAUGUGCAGCGUCAACAAUCCAACUGACGAAACAAAACUCUGGGAAUUGUUGAGAAUGUUUAUUGAUAAGUUAAUUAAAUCUGAUGAAAAUGGUAUCAGUCAAGACAUAUUUAAAAAAUUAGCUAACGUAAGCGAGGUCCCCGAAAGUGUACGAGCAGAAUAUUAUAUGACAAGUUAUGAGUAUCUGACUUCAUUACCUGCGAGCUCUAAUUGUGAAUCCUAUGUCAAGCAGCUUACAGAGUAUGCACCAGACAUAAUGGAGAGACUUGAGGGUGAUUUCGUUGUCGAAAAAUUAUUGUCAUCAGCUGAAGAUAAUUUUUUUUCGAUAUCCUAUAGUGAAUCUAUAGAAUUAUUCGCAUGCUACGUAUUGUGCGGAAAAAGUCAGGAGGGUCAGCUGAAGAGGUUCCAGACAUUUAUAUACCCAUUAAUGAAAAAAGCUUUUCAAUGCUGGGGUAACAUCCAUUCAAACGAUUUUUACGUGAAGGACAAUCUAAAAUCAUUUUUAAGAAACUUGGUUUGGAAUUUCUUAAAAUAUUUUACUUCCAAUAAAAUAACUGUACCCACUAGACUGUUUGCAGAAAUAAGAAAUAUGAUGGUAAAUGAGUUACCGUUAUUGGAGAACUACUUACUAAUUACGAGUUGGAAAUUGGUUACAGAAUAUGUUUCUUCAAUGAAUGAACUCGGAUUCAAGUGCGAUGUUUUUGAUACAAACAUAUUAAACCAUUUUGCGCGUUUUGAUUUUGGAUCGAUGCCAAACGACAUGGAAAAUCUCUGGAAAGGCAUUCAUGUUAAAGUAUCUCCUUCGUUUGGCACAGCAGCAGUAAAGUGUCUUAAAGAAGACGUUAUCCAAUACAGUACAACAAUACAUUGUUUUUUUUCCGAUGCUUUCGCGAGAGCAUUCGAAAUGUUAUCUUUUAAAAAUUAUUACUUCAUUCUAGAAACACUACAGUGCAUGCUUAGUGAUGUCGAAUGUAUUACGAGUUAUUUAGUCGUUUCCAAAGUUACGCCUAAACAUGUUGAUAGCGAAUUAAAGCCGAAACGAUCUGAAAUACGAAAAAGAAUAAGAUCCCAUCCAUCAUUAACAGUACAAGUGCAUUAUUAUAAUGAUUUUUGGGAUGUAGCAGAAGAUUGAUGAUAAAAUACUGUGAUGUAUAGUUUUAGGCUGCGGCUCCACUGAGGUGGAGACGAACGGAGCGGAGAGGAGACGUGUGGGAAUCAACCAAUCACAUAAAAUGAAAUCCACACCUCGUCUCCGCUCCGCUUCGCUGGUACCUCUUUUCACAGCUCUACUACUCUCAACUCCGCUCGUCUCCGCCUCAGUGGAGCCUUAGCCUAAAGGAUGACAGGAGGCCGUAUUUAUCUAUUAAAUACACUUUGAAAUUACCUCGCGAUUGAUAUGUGUUACCUACUUCAGUAGAAAAAAUAUAUAUUCAAAUUUUAACGUAUCCGGAGAGCAUUGAUGCGAAGGAAUACUUCGACGUCUGAUUUAGUGUUGUUCUUUUAUAUACCUAUGUUUUUAUUUUAGUACCUAUAUAGGUAGUAUUUUAGUUUUUAAAGAUAAUUUUAGUUUGUAUGUAUAGUGUGUACCUAUAUAUAUUUGUAAAUAAAAAUUUCAUUUAAGUAGGUACCUACUUACUUGUUAUAAUGACUCGACCAGGGCACUAUCGGAUUUAUACUAUAGUUCGGCCGCUCAGAGAAUGCGUUUCUGACACAUCGCGAUUGAACUGACGACGUAACUUUGUAAUGGCGUUGCAGUACGAUAAAAAUAUUUUUGCUGGUUGUUUAUCGUUUUAACAAUUGUUGAGCAUUAAAACAACAUUAUUAUAUCAAUAAUAAUCAAUGAAUGUUGUAAUUUUGUGCCAAAUUGAGUGUCAAAUAACUUGGUAAACAAUAUUUUUCUAAAUCUAUACUGCGCUAUUACAAGGUUAUGUCAGCGCUUUAUAUUUGUAGUGCUGUGCUAAAAAUAACAGGCAAGUAUCGUAAUCUGUUCUGGUUGAUGGUUCUUAUACAGUUAUACUUAUAAUAUAAAAUAAUACGUUUUGUUUUUCUUUUUAAGAAUUUGAAAAUAAUGGACUAUAGGAUAACUUUUAUGAAAUAUAAAAAUAAAACUAUGAUCAAACUGAACGCGCGAAAGAAAGUAGCAUUUUUAUAUUUAGGUUGAAAAUGGUAAUCCCAAAUGGCAUCAUGGGCCGUCAUUUUGUGACGCUAAAUAGUCAUUUGUUGUCGUUUCGUGCGCUAAGACUAAAACCUGAUUUUGGAAGAUUUUGACCGAGAUAUCAGGAUUGAUUCUGUUAUUGAUAAUACCUAAUAUACACGUAAUAUACACGUAGGCGAAGAUGAUGAUGAAGACACCACCUCCUCAAGCGAAUCGGAGUCUGAUUAACAUUCUGUACGCACAUUCAAUUCAAUGUACUUACUUUAUUGCAUAGAAAUACAGAUUGUAUCUUUGUAACAAAGAAUAAAUAAAACGAUUUUAUUAUAUGAAUAUUACCUUUUUUUGGUUUCCACUUAAAUAACUAAAAUAUAAAUUUUAAAUGAUUCCGCCAAUUUAAAACGAAAAUAAUCUUAAAAUAAUGCGGCGGUUUAUUUUGGGGGAACGGUAACGAACUCAGUGUUAUGUUGUGCCCAUCACUAGUCCUGACUAACUGAUAGGUGUCAGGAACGCAUUCUCUGAACGGCCGAACUAUAGUACACACAUUAUUAACAGCUAGCAUUGCAUUUUUGUAAUUAAAGUUAUUCGAUUCUUACCCAUUAUUCUAUACAGUAUUUUAAUUCAGCAUUAUGAGCAACAUUUAAGGUUCUAAUAAAAUAAAUGCAAAUA